UUACCUUUUCCGUACGGAACUACUUUCAAAGAAAGAAUGGCGUAGUGAUAUUUUCACUUCUGUUGAUCGUUUUUGACGUUAAUGCAAAUUGCAGAAUCUUUUGUACAUGUAAACUCAUCUGGAUAAAGGAAAACGCAUUGUGUUCAUUAUAGUUUAAGACAUUCCAGUAAAGAAAGCGUGUAACAAUGGCUAAGCCUCUCAAAAUAUGCGUAUGUGGUGGCGGGAAAAGUGCUCACGUGAUGGCAAUAAUGGCGGCGUCAAAACCGGAUGUGGAGGUGAACGUGUUAACACUGUAUAAAGAUGAAGCUGACAAGUGGAGCAAAGCGAUCUCUAAAGACGAAAUGGUGCUAAUCUUGAAGGACGAAGAUGGAAAAACAAGCGAAGUAAAGGCAAAACCUAGUGUCGUCUCUAAAGACCCCAAAUCUAUUGUUCCUGAAAGUGACCUACUCAUUUUCACAGUCGCUGCAAAUACUCAUGAAGAGUAUCUAAAAGCUAUUUCCGGUCAUCUGCACAAGAAAAUUGUCGUAGUCGGUCUUCCAGGUCUGCCGGGAUUCGAGUAUUUGUGCAAAAGUUCAUUCGGAGAGUUAAGCGAACAGAUUACUGUAAUGUCUUUUGAAAUUUCACCAUGGGUAUGUGAGAUAAUAGAGUACGGAAAGAAGGUUGAGGUCACUCGUACCGCAAAAAGUCUAAAUGGGUCAAUAUUGAGAGGAAAGGCCAUUCCACGAAAACCUGCUCUCAUGAGUUUACAAAUGACACUUGGUUUUGACCCGGCUUUGAAACAAGUAAAACAUUUCGCAGAACUAUUGUUCACUUCGUAUACAUUCUUUAAUCCAGUUAUCAUGUACGGUAAAUGGAAAGAUUGGGACGGGAAGGCGCUAGAUUGUGAACCGCUCAUGUACGAAGACAUCACUGAAGAAACUGCAAAGCUUUUGGAAAGUUGUAGCAAGGAGUAUCAAGACGUCGCUCACGCCAUCUCUGCCAAGAAACCGGAAGUUGAUCUGACAGAAAUUCCAGAUAUAUUCAACUGGGUUGUCGAAUUCUACAAGAAAGAAAUUGAAGAUGGAACCAGUCUUCUGAAAGCAAUUCAAACAAAUAAAGUGUACAAGGGAGUGAAACAUAUAAUGAAAAAGAACAAGAGAACGUUCACUCCAGACUUUGAAUGCCGUUACUUGGCGGAGGACAUCCCGAUGGGCAUGGUCGUUGUACGGGGUAUAGCUGAAACUCUGGAAUUACCGACUCCAACUUGUGAUACCGUAAUACAAUGGGGUCAGGAAAAGUUGAAGAAAAAGUACCUUGUGGAUGGUAAAGUUGCUGGAAGUGAUGUAAAGGAAACGAGAGCUCCGCAAAGAUUUGGCUUUACUACUCUAGAGGAAAUACUAAGUGGCCAAAAAACUGACAGCUAAUAAAUGGAUAUAUAUAUUUGCUUUUGAUAAACCUGAAUUGACCAUUUCACAUUUGCAAACAUUACUUAGUCGGGAAGCAAAGACAUAUAUAGAAACUUCAAAGGGAGGGUUUUCAUCAUGAAGUAAACAAAUCUUUUAAAAUAAAGAACAUUGUUUGAAUUUGCAAAAAUGAAAUUACGUGACAUACAACAAAGGAGUUGUAAUAUCAAAGACAGAACCACUGUGUUUACACUGACGAUCUCAAUGGAAAUCUUUGCUCAUACAGAAACAGCUUAUACUGAAAGUCGCCGGGUGGUACCUGCCGGAGAGCGUGUCAUUGUGGGCUAUUUUAACCUCGAGUAUGACAGUCUUUUACCAAGGGUUGCAAACGAUUGCAUCUGAACCCAAAUCGUUGAAUUGUUGACAAAAAAGUUCACUUUUGACGAGCACGCAUAGUGUUACAGACUCAAGUUUAAAAGAAACGAAUUUUGGAAAUCCGUUGUUACUAAUUUUUAUUAUAACGUACACGUGUCUACGAUCCUCCCUUUUCACGAAGACCAAUGUGUUGUAUUUAUCAAAUAUGCUGCCAAUGUUCAGAACUUUGCUAUAUUAUGUUAGUUUGAGGUGUCGUUUGGUGUUUCUUUGACGAAGUCUGUCUUAUUUCUGUUACAUUAUUGUGUCUCAGUUUCCUGGUUGCACAUUUUACCGCCUCUGAUAAAUUAUAAUUACCAUCCGUCUCGCUGUGUUGUAUACUUUAAAUGUUACGGUUAAAAUCAAACCAAAAAAUGCAUAGUGCAGAGUCGGGUCGAUAAAUAUUUAAGCAUCUUGUUGCGGUAACUCAUUAACAGCUGUUUGUUUUGAUCAAAAAUCGCUGACACUGUACACAGCAAUGUUACACCGUACACAUGGGACUAUAGUUCCAUCGUUUUUUGCUCAUUUGCUUUUUGCAGGAUAUUACCAUGGGAUAUGUGAAAUAUCUGAUAAAAGUUUGUUUGCUGAU